AUGUCGUCCGAUCGUCAGCCCCGGUUCAAUCAGCAGGUCCUCAUCGACGUCACGCCUCUCCCCGAUCACAUCCCGAAAGUGACUGAAAUUGGUUCAUCCUCCGCGCCACUUCUUUCUGCCAGCUACUUCAUUGGUGCGCGAUGCAAGGCAUACAACGAUGAUUUCAUGCUCUGUAAGACCGAGUCGAACGGUAAGGGCGAGCUCGAUUGUCUCCGGGAGGGCCGAAAAGUGACCCGAUGUGCGGCAUCGGUGUUGGAGGAUGUCACGAAAAAUUGUUUGGAAACAUUUCGGGCGCACUGGGAAUGCCUGGACAACAACAACCACCAGCUGUGGCAAUGUAGACGGUUUGAGCGCAACUUGAAUGCUUGCGUCUUCGAGAAACUGAAAAUCGAGAAAACCAUCCCAGGAGCCCCAGAGAAUGAGACUCCAGUACACCUCAGGAAGAAGCAGAUUUACGCACAUUACCCUCAAUAG